GAAAAACCACCAGGGAAGAAAAAAGUUCAAAGUUCAUCUGGUUGUGUUGUCAUUCUUCAGCUGCCAGUUCCUCCAUGGUUGCAAGAUGUCUGGCCACGAUCAGCUGGCGCUGUGUCUGUGUGAAUUCACCAGGUUGUUGUGGAAACUGCUCCUGCCCCUGGUGCUGUUGACGCUGGUUCUGGUCGCCGUCCUGGUGCUGCUGGUCGCCGGUCUGCGCCUCUGGUUCCAGUCGAUCCGCGCGGCGAGGCGCGCCCGGGACGGUCGGCCCACGGUGGCCUUCUUCCACCCUUACUGCCACGCCGGCGGCGGCGGGGAGCGAGUGCUGUGGUGCGCCAUCAGGGCGCUACAGAACCGGUACCCCGAGGUGAACGUGGUGGUGUACACGGGCGACCUGGAGGUCAGCGGCGCCCAGAUCCUGGACGGCGCCCGGCGGCGCUUCAACGUGGCCCUGCCCGGCCCGGUGGAGUUCGUGUUCCUGGCCCACCGCGUGCUGGUGGAGCCCGGCCUGUUCCCCCACUUCACCCUGCUGGGGCAGAGCGUGGGCUCCGUGUUCCUCGGCUGGGACGCCCUCACGCAGUGCGUGCCGGACCUCUACGUGGACUCCAUGGGCUACGCCUUCACCCUGCCCCUCUUCCGCUACCUGGGCGGCUGCAGCGUGGCCAGCUACGUGCACUACCCCACCAUCAGCACGGACAUGCUCUCGGUGGUCAGCGAGAGGAACCCCAGGUUCAAUAACGCAGACUACAUCUCCAACAACCUGUUCCUGAGCGCCGCCAAGCUGGUCUACUACUGCCUGUUCGCCGUGCUCUACGGCGCCGCCGGCUCCUGCAGCCACGUGGUCAUGGUCAACUCCUCCUGGACGCUGGACCACAUCCUGGCGCUCUGGCGGGCCCGCGACCGCACCUGCGUGGUGUACCCGCCCUGCCCCGUGGAGCACUUCACGGACAUCCCCAUCCUGGACCAGGAGGAGGAGGAGGAGGAGGAGGAGGGGGAGGGGGGCGACGGCGGGAAGAGGCGCUACUCCGUGGUGUCGGUCGCGCAGUUCCGCCCGGAGAAGGACCACCGGCUGCAGAUCCGGGCGUUCAAGAAGCUGGUGGAGCGGCGGGCGGCGCUGCAGGGGCGGGAGACCCUGCGCCUGGUGCUCAUCGGGGGCUGCCGGGACCAGGCGGACCGCGACCGGGUGCUGAUGCUGCGCGGGCUGAGCCAGGAGCUGGGCCUCGGGGAGAGGGUGGAGUUCAGGCUCGACGUGCCCUUCGACGAGCUGAAGAGGGAGCUGGCGGCCGCCACCAUCGGCCUGCACACCAUGUGGAACGAGCACUUUGGGAUCGGCGUGGUGGAGUGCAUGGCGGCGGGCACGGUGGUGCUGGCCCACAAGUCGGGCGGCCCCCGGCGGGACAUCGUGGUGCCCUUCGAGGGCGGGGCCACGGGCUUCCUGGCGGAGGACGAGGACGGCUACGCCGACGCCAUGGACCGCAUCCUGCGGCUGCCGGCCGCCGCGCGCACGGAGAUCCGGCGGCGGGCGCGCCAGUCGGCCGCGCGCUUCUCCGACCGCGAGUUCGAGAACUGCUUCCUGGCGGCCAUGGAGCCCCUGAUGAACACGCUGGAGAGAUGAUGGCCAACGUGUGUGUGUGUGUGUGUGUGUGUGUGUGUGUGUGUGUGUGUGUGUGUGUGUGUGUGUGUGUGUGUGUGUGUGUGUGUGUGUGUGUGUGUGUGUGUGUGUGUGUGUGUGUGUGUGUGUGUGUGUGUGUGUGUGUGCGUGUGUGUGUGUGCGCUAUUAGGAGGGAGGUGUGUGUGUGCGCUUAGUCCUAUGCCCCCCCGCCCCCACCCCCCCCCCCCAGUGUGAGGGGAGGGUGUUCUUUCUGCCGGUCUGCACGGUUGAAGACCCCCCCCCCCCCCCCCCCACUAUAGGCGCACACUCGACACUGAAGCUGGUCUGGGAGCAGCUCAGUGACAGACCACAGGGUCCAGAUCGUAGUCUUUAUUCUAAGCCGGGCUGAACUCUGUAGCACUCGUAGAGAGUUACUUUUAUCCGUCUUCGAUGGCAUUCGCCCCAUCCCGACAUGUUUUCCUCCAAGCGCCCUCUGAACGAAGAGCAGCGCAGGUUUGGUUAACGGAUCAGGAGAGGAUUUGCUGUGAAAUAAAAAGUCUGAGGUCUAUAUGUUAAUCCACUCACGGAUCAACUGUCGCACCAGUAGAGAUCCGUAUUGAAAUAACAUGUUUAGUUUCAAGUUAUAUUUCAGUAAUGCUGUAUUUCACAUCGAGUGAUCGUUCUGUUCUAUGAAUGUAUUCACAUUCUUGCUCAUUUAGCCAUUAUCACAUCCAGUUAAAAAGCUGAAUAAAAACGCUCUUGCUCUUGAUGUAAAACUGUAAAUGAGAUGCUUGUCGGGAACAUAUCUUGACCACCAUCUUGAUGAGUGGGGCAGAGUAAUUGUUUUAUAUAAAAUGGCCGCUUUAAAUCCAAGUAUUGCAGUACAAGGACCAGAGUUAACGUUCUACUUGUUAGAAUGUGAAUAUUUUUAUAUAUUGAGUUAUUGCAAAUAAAGAUGCCAUGGAAAAU